AUGGCCAACGCUUCUCCCAUCCCUCCCAUCUACAUGGCGCCACGGACGGGUUCGAGCGCCAUCUGCCCCCGAUCUCUCCGAUUCUGCGGCGGAUUCAGCAGCCAUUUCAGACACCGGAGGAAGAAGGUAUGCGCUCAGGCGGUAGCCCCGAGCCCCCGCUCGCCGCCCAUUAAUGCGGACUACCUGGAACGGGAGUUCGGCGGCCAUGGCGCCACCUUCCGGGGCAUCGGGGACAGCUGUGUGGUCGCGAUGCGGCUCGAGGGCGGCGGCGCCGCCAGCCUGGUUCUCCCCGGCGGCCUGAUCACAUCCUACAGACCGCAGAUGUGGCACGGGAGCUCCGUCGAGGUGCUCCACACCUCCGUGUCGGAGGGGGACGGCGGCGGUGUCGCCAUCCAGGGCGGAGUCUCCAUUGAUUUCACCUGCGGGAGCGAUGGCGAAGUCCCUCGGUGGUCUCCGCGGGCCUGGGAUCUCCGCGACGUCAGGGGAAGCCCUCAGUCUUCCAUCCAGGUAGAUCAUCUGUUCUUCCAAUACUCCAGUUCUCUCUCUUCUUCAUCCUCCCUAAUUAUCCCCUCUUCCUUUCCGAUAAUCUUCAGGUGGAACUUGUGUCCUGCGAUCCAGACGGCAGAGCGGAGGUGAAGCACCUGGUGACCUUCCAGCAAGAUCUUCUGGCCUCGGAUCUCGCAAUCACAAACCGGAGCGGCUCUCCUCUCCGGCUAGUGGGUUCCAUAGUCAGCCACCUCAAAGUGAGCACGCCGGAUGCUACCUACGCGGUUGGUCUGGAAGGCUCCAACUACCGCAGCCGGCCGCCAUUGGGCUCAAACUUCAGUAUCGUUCCCCCGGGCUUCAGCCUGAGGAGACCCUCAGAUGGUGGGAAAUCUUGGGGCAGCAAGGCGCUUCUAGGGUUCUUCUCCACUGUGGGGCAGAACACUGAGGCACUGGGUACCAGUGGAGAGGAAGAACCAGAGGAGAGCUCGGGAGAAGAGGAUGACAAUUACACCCAGCUCACGGAAAAGAUGAGCAGGAUAUACACCAGUGCUCCCAGGGUCUUCACCAUCAUUGACAGGGUAAUGGUUGAUUCACCAUAGCCGUCUCGUCUGUUCUGAUUCUUAUGCCGAUUGAUGAACAGAAGUGGACCCCCAUCAAUUAGAAAUAACCGAGCUAAGCACGAGCCCUGCCCAGUUAUAUCACAGCAGACUUUGGUACUUGUCAAAUAGAAUCAUAUCUCAGAAACUGAAUUGAAACAUCCCACAAUCAAUACGAGGAAGAAUACAGAUCACUGAAAAAACCAGAAAAAGUUUCCAUAACUAUAGAGAAAACAUAUUCUAGGAAUUUUGUGAUAAACUGUCCGGCAAGAGAUCCAUGCAUGUAUUCAAUCAUGAGAGAGAACCAAGAGAAACACAGGACCUACCCAGUUGUUUCUUGAUAAGUUAUUCUCAAUGCAAAUGUAGGCGAAAAAUACCAGAGCAAUUUUGUAUUAGACUGCCUGUCUCUUUGUGGUUGGAUCUCCAAGUUUUUGGAAUGCUCCAAAUUCCACUUGAGCAUCCAAAUCUAUAGUCAUAAAAAAAUGAUUCCCCUGGAACACAAGGGUUUACUUGUUGCUUUCGCAGUGUUUUUUUUCACAUAAUCAUUUAAAAAUCAAACCCUGGAAACUGAGAUGAACUGUGCUGGAUUCUUGCCUCUGGAUCUUUCUUCUCAUCCACUCUAAGAUAACCCACCUGCAUGAACAUGAACUUCGAUCCUCAUCUUACCGGAUAUUUAACAUGCUUUCCCUAUCCUAACCAUCCAUUUAAACCGUCUUUCUUCCUUGUAAUGAGUGCGCACCUUGUCAUGCAACAGGGCAGAAGGAACUCAGUUGUGGUUGAGAGAAGAGGGUUUGAUGAGCUCUAUCUCUUCAGCCCAGGUUCAGAUCAUGAAUCCUAUGGGAAGUAUUCGUACAUCAGCACAGGGUCAUCUGCCAUCUUGAAGCCAGUAAUCGUGAGCCCUGAAGGCGUCUGGAGAGGUGGUCAGUACCUGCACAACCCCAACACAUGA